AUGAAUAAAAUUGUCAAGAAGCUGUUGAAACGGCAGCUUAACAAAGCCAAGGGAGCCUGGCCGGAAAAGCUUCCAGAGGUGCUAUGGGCCAUCCGGACAUCCCACCGAACGGCAACUGGGGAAACACUAUUCUCCAUGGCUUUCGGUUCGGAAGCGGUAGUCCCAGUAGAAGUCGGAGAGCCUUCCUACCUAACGGAAACCUUCGUACCAAAAGCGAAUGAGGAAGCGCUCGCUUUGAGCCUCGACCUGCUCGAAGAACGCCGAACACAAGCCAACCUUCGGAAUGAAGCGUACAAGCAACGCGUCUCUCAGUACUAUGACUCCAGGGUCAGAUCCCGCUCUUUCCGAAUCGAAGAUUGGGUCAUGCGGAAAGUCUCUUUGGCAACCAAGAAUCCCACGGAAGGAACCCUCGGACCUUCCUAG